AUGGGAGACCAGGGCACGUACCAGGCUGUGUACAUGAACAACGAGUGUGUCAUCAUAACGGGCUCACCAGCGAUGAUGCUUUUCAACAUGAUCCACGCACACAGAGCAAACAUGUGGAUGGUUCUUGUUAUUUCUGUGGUGGUUGUUCGCAUCCAGGCAAGUAAUAACAGGGAGGAUGGAACCAUCUUUCUGGAGCGAGGCAACCCUGGCAUCCUGUCCUGCCCUCUCGUCGCAUCCAGUCGAAUCCCGCUGGAUCAGAUCGAAGUCAUGUACUGGUACUCCCCCCGAGUACGAGAUGAAAACAUCUUGAUCUCCUACUUCAAAGGGAACGUCGCUCCACAAAACGGCAUCCCGGAGGGCGUGUAUGAUAUCAACAGAAAUUUCUUUCUUGUUAUUCAGAACGUCACCGACUCAGAUGAAGGGACCUACUACUGUAACGUCAAACUGAAAUCAACAGGGUUACUGGAUGACGAGCAAGUGAAUAUAAGCAUCAAAGUAUCUCCUAAAGAACCGUUUCCCGACGUAACUCAAUGCACUGAACGCAUCUCUGAGACUGCAUGCGAGGCAGAGUUACCGAACGACAUCAAGAAACCAAGGUUGACCUGCAUCGUAGGGGAUGCCAAGCCUGCCGUGGCUCUCCGAUGGCUGCUGGAGUACAGUGACGGCGACACACAACUCAUCAGCGACAGGUUCACCGUAAAACCGAGUGAAUAUUCGGUGAACACCUUCACCACUUCAGCAUCAAUCCCAAUUGUAGCGAGUAGUGUGGACAGGUACAUGUACAGAUGUCAAGCAAACGGGGAGGCUCUGGGCGCCAGGAAUGGUAGCUACGUGACGGUGACAGCCUUCUAUACCCCACAAGUACCACUUGCAGAGGAAUAA